AUGUCGUUCGCCAAAAGCUUCUACGCUGAUCAAAAGCCUGCGGACAAGCCGCAAGAGACUGGUCAGUGUUCUCCCGGACCGUUCCUUCUCGAUCCGCUCCCUUUCAGUCUCUCCAGCCGCCGCCGCCAUCCCCGCCACCACUCCGAUCGCCGAGGACCCGCUCACCCCCGCUCAGAUCCAGGAAGCCAUCCGCAUCUACCGUUCGGUGCUUUCCUCGUCUGCUCCGUCCUCGCCUGUUCGUCAAGUUCCGGAGAGACAGGCUGUCCCGGAAAGACCGGCCGUUCACUCAAACUACUACGGCGGUGGGCCGACGGACAUUCCGCAGUCCUACCUGCUCAACUACACCAGCUCGCCAUCUCGUGCUGCUCCUACUCCGGUCCCUGCUGCUCCGUCUCCGCAAGCCGCGGACCUAGACCUGCAACUUCUGGCUCGUCUCCAAGCGUUGCAGAUCCAGCAGCAAUCGGCUCUUCUCUCGUCGCCUGUCUCGGCUCCUGCCACGGCUCCCGUCGAACCGACGUUCGUUGCUCCGCAAGUGCAUAAUGCUGCUCCGAAGAGAGCACCGUUUCUCCAGAGAAUGGUAGGCUCACAAUUUAUUGUCUUCCUGGAAUCCUGGAGUGAUUUCAGUACGACGACGAGGAGUCCGGUUACUGUUUCAACCGCCCGAGAGAUGUCUACCAGGAUAUCCCGGAAGCUCCAGCGGCUCCAGUGGAAGAAGUUCCUACUCCGACUGCUCCAGUCACCGAUUCGGUUCCGCAGGAAACCUACGAGGCCUACAUCCCGGCUCCUGCUCAGGCCAAAUACGCGUUCAACACCGGAGUAAGAUUCAGAUUCUUUGAAGUUCCUAAUGAAUUUCACUUUUCAGCCAUCGGAAUACAUCGGAAUGGCGAACGACAACAAGUUCAUUUACGACGCCCAGAAGUCGUUGCCUGCUUCUUACGCCCACCACAACUCGUACACUCUGGUCAACUCUGUCCCGCAGGCAGUGAUUGCUCGCCCGGAGGACACGGAUGACAACGGAGUGACGACGACCGAGGAUGUCACUCAGGUGCCCGCCUCUCCGGUCGUCACUUCGAGAUUCCGUGGUCUCAUCAAGGUUCGAUCACAUCACAAUUCAUAAACGUGUUCUUUAUUGCUUUAGAGUGCUCAGACUCCCGUCCAGGCCACUGCUCCGAUCAUCGUCGAGCGCAUCGCAGAGCCGCCGUAUUAUGCUCCGAACAACUACGGAGCAUUCAUGCCUGUCAAUCAGAUGUCGAUGGAGUCGGAGUAUCAGCUGCCAGUCCUCAAUGAUCUCGCUUCUUGCAUCGAACACUACUAG